CCCUGGCACUUUGUGAAUGGAGCCAACACCUCCCUGCACUCGCGACGAUGACCUAACAGCCGCUGCAUCCUCCGUCGCCGUUGACACAGUUGACAAGUCUGAUAAGUCACGAGUCGGAGGCACGCGCCACCCAGUGUACCGGGGUGUCCGUAAGCGGCGGUGGGGCAAAUGGGUGUCGGAAAUCCGGGAGCCCCGUAAGAAAUCACGCAUAUGGCUGGGGUCGUUUCCGGUGCCGGAGAUGGCAGCAAAGGCUUAUGACGUGGCGGCGUACUGCUUGAAAGGCAGGAAAGCACAGCUCAAUUUCCCCGACGAGGUGGAGCUCUUGCCGCGGCCAUCCACAUGUGCCGCCAGAGAUAUCCAGGAGGCGGCAGCUAAGGCGGCUCAUGCAAUGAAAUCCUCAGCGAAGAAGAAUAGCAUUAUGUCCGACGGCGACGGCGACGGCGACAGCGGGGGCGAUGAUUUCUGGGGCGAGAUUGAAUUGCCAGAGCUGAUGAACAGCGGGCGUUUCUGGAGUUCUCCGAGCGGGUCAUCGUGGGCUCCUUCCGGCGACAUCACGGUGUGGCCGGAGAUGGAGCUGCUGUCGCAGCAGCAACAAUUCAUGGCGUGCUUAUAAUGUGUAUUAAUGGCGUCCAGUGGUUGGUAUGCUCCGUAUAUAUUUGCCAACUGUUUGUGUUCUCAUCAAUAAUAAACAAUAAUUAUUGGAGUAUUAGUUAUUAUUUUAUUGUUAUAUCAUGGUUGCUACACAGCAUAAAUAGUCAAAUAUUCAUCAGCUCAGACACUAAUUUGUUGAAUCAGUGAUACAAACAUGUGUUUGCUUCUUAAUACUAUUCAGUAUUCAUCGUA